UCCGACCGCCGAGGUAUACAAACGAAAUAAAACGCUUCUUUGUGGUUUACGUGUCGCAUUUUUUUUUUUUUAGCUUCAAACCAGCUUUACUUAAUUGUUUUUUUUUUUUUAAAUUGAUUGAUAAAAUAGAGCAUGCCAGUAUUCGUGUCCAUCAUAUCGAUGCAGGGAAAUCUUGUGUAGGAGAUGCGAGCUGCGUUGCGUCUGGCAAUCGUGGCGAUCCCGAUGGGGGUGCUGCUGUCCCGGACCAUGGCGUGGAUGUCCAGUGGCAAAACGCACCAGGAGCUCAUAACAAGGCUGAGAGAUCACGGCGUGAUCCAGAGCGACAGAGUGUUUGACGCCAUGCUGGCCACCGACAGAGGGAUCUACUCCAGGGAUUAUCCAUACGCAGACUCUCCUCAGUCCAUAGGCUUCCGAGCCACCAUCAGUGCACCACACAUGCACGCCCACGCUUUGGAGCUGCUGAGCGACAAACUCACGGAAGGGGCGUCGGCCCUGGACGUCGGUUCGGGAAGCGGCUAUCUCACGGCCUGCUUCGCAAGAAUGACAGGAAACAGCGGGAGAGUCGUGGGGAUUGACCACAUCGACGAACUGGUUCAAAGUUCAAUCAAAAACGUCCAGGCGGAUGACCCGGAACUUAUCGCCUCUGGACGCAUCAAGCUUGUGGUGGGAGACGGAAGACUCGGGUACCUAGAGGGAGCCCCCUAUGACGCCAUCCAUGUUGGUGCAGCUGCCGCUACUGUUCCCAAGGCUCUCCUGGAGCAGCUGAAGCCGAGCGGCCGCUUGGUGCUGCCAGUCGGCCCCGACGGCGGCAGUCAGGUGCUGGAACAGUACGACCGUCAGAGUGACGGCACCUUCCUCAAAAGGGCUUUGAUGGGAGUGGUUUACGUGCCCCUGACCGACAAGAGGCGACAGUGGCCGGGAGGUGAGCUCUGACUGCGGUGUGGUUGCCCUCACCCCCCAGCAGGAGGUGGGGUUGUCCUGCACAUCUUCCACCCCUUCAGUUCCUUUGCUGGAUUUCUCAUAGUCUUAUAUUCACUUUUCCCUCCGUAACUUUUAGACAUUCAAAAGGAGCACCUGGCUCGAUCGUCUCCCUGGAUUAUAAUAAGAGGAAGUAACUGAAAGUUUGCACAUUUACAUAAAAAUGGUCAAAUUAGUACAGUCGUGAUGAUGGAAAUAAUGUAUAUUUACCUUUGUGAAUUUCCAACUUUUGGAACGCAAGAGUGCUUUUUCGAUGAAUCCUCAUGGAAAAUUGUCAACAGUGUUUGGUUUGAAUCAUGUAAUCUUCUUUGACAACUUUGGGUUUUAAAUGUAGUCAAACAGAAGGGAACACUCACACAAGCCAGCUUUUGUCAUGACAACAAACAGCAACUUCAAGUUUGUAUCCACUAGUGCUAUUCUUUCACUUUGUAAAACGUGCCGCAAUUGUGCCAAAACGUGGUUAAUUUUGUUUCCAAAGGAGUUUUAAAUAUUGACACUUAUAUCACGAUGAUAUGAUGUAAAACCUUUUGUGUCUUGUGUUUUAAGCUACAAAUGGAAAAAUUAAA